CAACCAACCAACCAACCUGACCUGUCUUUCUGUUAUCGCAAGGGAGCUACUAUUCCUAGGCAGCUGCUUGUACUUAUGUCAAUGGGCUAAUAUCUUCUGUUCACCCUGUCCUGCAGAGUUCGUUUUAUCGGCUACACUCGACCCGGUUGUUUCGCGUCCAUCGCUUGCCUAGAACGCAUGUCCUCGGCGUGAGCACACACACAGUUUCUGGCUACAUUUCCCCCUUUCGGUCAUAUCGCGGAUACAUUUCCAUCGGCAAGCGUUGUUUAUUGGACCGAUUUAUUAUAAGAUGGCUGCGGAUCCUCAGAGGAAUGGUGGGGUGGAAGUAGACGAGACGAAGAAGGAAGUGCUGGAGCGUCAAGCUGCAGACGACUCGCAAGCAUCCGACAACGACGGCGGUGAGCGCCCCGUCCGCCACAAAUUAAAAGAAACCUCGAUCACUUCGGCCCCCAAGACUUCGACGGACGGCGACGCCAACAUGACCGGCAAUACGCAGGAAGGAAGCUCCAGCAGGGCCAGCAGCAGGGGCAGGAAGCGAUCAUUCGACGAAGAUGAGCCGGAGAAGAACGAAGACGAUGCAGGCCACCGUCGCAAGCGGUCGCGCGACUCGAACUCCGAGGAGGAGAAUGCAAAUGCCGAUGUCGAUGUGGAAGUCCCGCAGCCACAGAAGGGAGAGGAAGUGACACGUGAUAAUGCGGUUCCGAAGAAGAAGAGAAGCAGGGACCAGUUGGAUAAGGAUGAAUCGACAGUCGGUGCUUCGGGCGAGAAAGCGGAGCAGAAUGCUGCGGAGGAGGCCUCGACGGAGAAGUCUGAAGUCGAAGGACAGCCCGAGAAGAAGAGACAUACGGAUGAUGCGCGAGAGAAGGAAUCGGCUCCCAUUACCAGUGCGUUUGCGAAUACAUCGUCGGUUUCACCAUUCGGGGCAAUUGGUGCGAAGGCCAAGGAAGAAGAAGCAAAACCCGCUGCCACCACAUCAUCAUCUGCUUUUGCUGCGUCAAGUCUGGCUGCGUUCGCCAGCUCGGAACAAUCGCCCUUUGGCUCCCUCGGAAGCUCCACACCCUCUGUCUUCAAGUCGCCGGCAUCGACGGACUCUCCUCAGCCGGCUGCUACUGGAUUUGCUUCUGCAGCCGGCACAUCGGGAUUUGCUGCGCUGGGGUCUGGCUUCUCUGGGUUCAGCGGUGGCUUUGCGGCAGCCAAGCCCGCAGGUGGACUUACGAGCUUUGCCUCCCCUAGUGCUCCCAGUGUUCUGAGCGGCUCCAAGACGUCUGCUUUCGGGGCACCCGAAGACGAGGAAGAAAAGGAGGAAGAUGAGGAACAAGCCGGUGACAGUGGCCCGGGGGAGUUCGAGCAAGACAAGACGGACGAGAGAUUUUUCGAACGUCCGAUCGAGACUGGCGAGGAGAACGAGAAGACAUACUUCUCAUGUAAAGCCAAGCUUUUCCACUUCACGAACAAAGAGUGGAGAGAGCGUGGCAUUGGGACCUUCAAGGUCAACGUCCGUGUCACGGACGGAGUAGAGGACAAGAAGGCAGCUCGCAUGAUCAUGCGCGCAGACGGUGUGCUGCGCGUGAUGCUGAAUACGCCCAUUUUCAAGGGAAUGACGGUUGGUGAUGGACAGGGCAAGGAGCCCAAGUCGAAGCAGAUCAACCUAGCCAGUUUGGAAAGUGGCCGCUCUGUCCCGAUCUUGCUCAGAACCGGAAGCGAAGACCUCGCCAAAGAAUUAUACCGCGUUGUUCGCGACCUCCAGGAAUACCAGUGAGCAUGAACAUGCAAUAGCAGCAGCACACAAACAUGUCUAUUGGAUACCUUCAAAAAGCGCCAGUAAUUAACUACGACUACCACCAUCAUCAGCAGCAGUCCUAGUCCCUCUACCAACGGACUAAAAUCUACGAACUACUACACCAUCUACAUAGG